CCCACCCGACAUCAUUUUAUGUUACACAUACCGGAUGUUCUUUGGGAAACGUGAGCGAGUCGUACAUUUUAAACCGCUGUUUUGAAUAUAGUUGACUGAAGAUGACAGACCGCUACAACAUUCACAGCCAGUUGGAGCAUCUUCAAUCAAAAUACAUUGGAACUGGUCAUGCUGACACUAGCAAGUGGGAAUGGUUGGUUAACCAACACCGGGAUUCCUACUGUUCAUAUAUGGGUCACUUUGACCUGCUGAAUUACUUCUCUGUUGCUGAGAAUGAGAGCAAAGCCCGCGUGCGCUUCAAUCUGAUGGAAAAGAUGCUGCAGCCCUGUGGCCCACCUUCGGACAAACCUGACGAUGCCUAAGGACUUAACCUAAGCUGGCAAGAUGAGAAAUAUUUUGUUUCUGCGAUUUUGCUAUCCACCAUGUUCGUGAAAGCCAUGUUUGAGGCUUGAAGUUCACGGAACUGAAGGCUCGUCGAUGAUAUGUUUUUCAUCCCCUCCCCACACACUUUAUAUAGUUUAAUAUUUGCACAGAUAAAAUAAACAGUGAAAAUAA